CCCUCGUCCUCACCCACCUGUCGACAGGAUGGCAGCCCUCCAGUCGGUUCACGAGCUCGUCGAGCGCGACGGCCUCACGUCGGCCCAGGCCGUCUUCGUCUACGACUCGACCCCGACCGCUCCCUUUGGCGACUCGCUCUCGCACGUCGCCACGGAGCAGGGCAACGCGCGCGUGUUCCAGAUGCAGGUCCGCGCAGGUGCCGGUGCCUCGCUCGUCGGCUUCGUCGAGUCGGGCGCCUACACGAGCAAGGGCGCCGCCAGCAACGCCGGCUCCAAGCCUGUCGCCGUCCUCGGCUCGAGCUCCGCCUUGCUCGCCCUCGUCCCCUCGCUCCUCAGCCUCCCCGAGUCGACCAAGCGCUCGGCCCUGAGCGUCCACGUUUCGGCACAGACGUCGUCCCUCGCCACCGACGAGUCGGGCGAGCCCACCCUCACCCAGGUUCCCGACCUCGCCGCCGUCCUCGAGGGCGCCAAGCAGCUCACCGACGGCGGCUGGAACGGCGCCGUCGUCUUUUCCGAGACGGCCGAGGACGCCGCCCACGUCGCGACCGGUGUCGCCAAGGGCGUCGCCGCCGCCGGGUUCGACCUCGUCGGCGUCUUUGACGGCCUCACCGCCGGCCGCCAGCUCGCCCCGCUCGCCGCGACGUCCGCCAUCAAGGCCGCCAAGUCGCUCGAGGCGACCCUCGCGUCGGCGCUCCCGUACUUCUCGUACUCGGGCUCGUCGUCCGCCACCAAGGUCCUCGUCCUCCCGGCAUCGGCCUACUCGGCGGCGGCCAAGGCGGCCAUUGCCGCGUCGGGCACGACCGACGUCGGCGUCCUCUCGGUGCGCGUCCUCGCCCCGUGGAGCGCCGACGAGCUCUUCAGGGCCGUCCCCGAGUCGGCCAAGUCGCUCCACGCGUUCGUCGAGGAGGGCGAGGCCGCCGGCCCGCUCUUCGACGAGGUCCUGUCGUCGGUCCUGUCGGCCGGUUCGUCGCUCAAGGUGCGCGCCCUGCCGGUCUCGGGCGCGUCGGUCCCGACCGUCGAGGACUGGGCCGCUCGCGUCGCCAAGCUCGCCGGCGCCCGUACCGCUCCGGCCCAGCUCAAGGCGCUCCUGCCCGCCCAGGCCAAGCUCGCCGUCUUCUGGGACGUCGACGCGAGCUCGGGCAAGACCGAGACGGUGCCGGCGCAGCUCGCCCGCACGUUCGCCGCCGCCGACACGGGCGUCUCGGCCAAGCUCGAGGUCAAGUACGACAACUUCCGCCAGGCCGGCCUCCAGCAGGCGGCGCUCCUCCUCGAGAACGCGGCCAACGUCGCCAAGGACGUCACCGUGUCGUCCAUCGUCGAGACGUCGGCGCCGUCGCUCCUGUUCAUCGGCUCGCCGCAGAGCGUCUUCAAGGCGUACGCGCCGUUCUCGCCCGCGACCGUCAGCAAGGACACGCGCAUUGUCGUCGCCGGCAACUGGACCCAGGACGACUUUGCGACCAAGCUCCCGUACGCGCAGCGCAAGGCGCUCGUCGAGCUCGCCGACGGCGGCAAGGGCCACGUGUUCGCGAUCGACGCCGACAAGGUCGCCAAGGCGCAGGGCGUCGCCGCGUCGGCCGUCGCCGAGGUCGUCUUCUGGACCCUGUACCUGCCCGCCACCAUCUCGGCCAAGGAGCUCGUGACGCUCCUCGCCCAGACGCCGACGUUCGCCGACUGGGCCGCGGCCAAGCUCGUCGAGGUCAACGGCGCCGUCCGCAACGCGCUCACCAAGGUCGACGUCGUCCCGUCGUGGGCCGACGAGCCGGUCGACGACGAGGGCAACAAGGUCGAGCAGCCGGCGGCCCUCCCGACCCAGCUCGUCGCGACGGCGGCGGGCCCGAACCCGGACCGCACCUUCUCGGACCCGGUCGCGACCAUCGCCGGCGGCAACCAGCACAAGGCGUGGCACCACGCGGCGCAGCGCUUCCUGUUCCCCGAGGCGUUCGCGCUCGAGGGCGCGUUCGAGGACAAGCUGCGCCCGGACCUCCCCGAGCGCAACUUCCUCAUCACGGUCACCGAGAACCGCCGCCUGACGCCCGACACGUACGAUCGCAACGUGUUCCACAUCGAGUUCAGCACCGAGGGCACCGGGCUCAAGUACGCCAUCGGCGAGGCGCUCGGCAUCCACGGCUGGAACGACGCCGGCGAGGUCGAGCAGUUCCUCGAGUGGUACGGGCUCGAGCCCGAGGCCGUCAUCUCGGUCCCGUCGCGCGAGGACCCGACCCGGGUCGAGCAGCGCACCGUCUUCCAGGUGUUCCAGCAGAACCUCGACAUCUUCGGCAAGCCGGGCAAGUCGUUCUACGAGACGCUGUCGCGGUACGCGACCGACAAGAACGAGGAGCGCGCCCUGCGCUUCAUCGCGUGCCCCGAUGGCCACUCGACGUUCAAGAAGCUGUCCGAGAUGGACACGGUCACGUACGCCGACCUCAUGCGCCAGUUCCCGUCGGCGCGCCCGCCGGUCGAGGACCUCGUGCGCGAGAUCGAGGAGAUCAAGCCGAGGCACUACUCGAUCGCGUCGUCGCAGAACUUUGUCGGCGACAGCGUCCACCUCCUCAUCGUCACCGUCGAGUGGCAGACCCCCAAGGGCUCGCCUCGCUACGGGCAGUGCACGCGUUACCUCGCCGGCCUCAAGCCGGGCGACAAGGUCAUGGCGUCGGUCAAGCCCUCGGUCAUGAAGCUCCCGCCUCGCGACGAGCAGCCCGUCGUCAUGGCCGGCCUCGGCACCGGCGCGGCGCCGUUCCGCGCCUUUAUCCAGGAGCGCGCGUGGCAGCGUGCCCAGGGCAAGGAGGUCGGCCCCAUGCUGUACUACUUUGGCUCGCGGCACCGCGCGCAGGAGUACCUGUACGGCGAGGAGCUCGAGGCGUACUUCCAGGAGGGCGUCGUGAGCCACCUCGGCUUGGCCUUCUCGCGCGACUCGGACAAGAAGGUCUACAUCCAGCACAAGAUGAACGAGGACGCCGAGCUGCUCGCCAAGAUGCUCGACGACGGCGCGUUCUACCUCUGCGGCCCGACUUGGCCCGUCCCGGACGUCUACGAGGCGCUCGUCAAGGCCUUCGCCACGGUCGGCAUGUCCGCCGAUCAGGCCGCCGAGCACAUCGAAGCCCUGAAGGAGGACGAGCGCUACAUCCUCGAGGUGUACUAGAUGCGCGGCGGCGGUAGAUGGCCGGUCGAGUAGAGCUCCAGGAGGCGAGGUUGUGGAACGAGUAGAGGCUCGCGCUUUCUUCUCUCG